AUGGUUCUUGGGCAGAAUUUUGCGGAGAAUAAUAAUAAUAACUAUAUAAAGCAGAAUGAGAAUGUUGGAAAAGUCGCCGUGCAUCAAUGCAAUAUUUGUAACAAGAUUUUCCUGAAUUUUAGAGGCUUGCAACAACAUUCGGUGAUUCACACCGACGAGAAGCCGUAUGUGUGCGAGAUUUGCGAUCGAAGCUUCCGCUACAAGUCGAAUCUGUUCGAGCAUCGCUCAAUUCACACCGGCAACGCGCUCUACAAUUGUCCGUUUUGCGGAAAAUCGUUUCGAUUAAAAGGAAACAUGAAGAAGCAUAUGAGAACUCACGUGACAUGCAAAGAAGAGCUCGAGGAGGCCUAUAAGCCAUUCUCAUGUAAUAGAAGAACGGUGUCGAUUCCGGACAAUGUGCACAUCGUUCGAGGCAACAUUCCAAUUUUUCCGCGUCUGAAAAAAUCUCAUACGGACCUUGAGCGAUGGACAAUGAGAAUUCACACGGGAGUUGUGGUCCCGAUCAAUCCGAUUGAUAAUAAAAUCAACGCCUACGAGAAAAUGGUGUUUUAUGAGACGUUUGCCGAUUUCGACUCGUUUUACGAUUUGUGCCGUCAAAUUGAAUUCGAAAUGUACAUUUGCCCGGUGUGCAAAGUGGUGUGCGGCGGAAAAUGGGCGUGUCAGCAGCACGCGAUCAUCGAGCACGCGGGUUGCCGCGAAAUGGACGCGACGAGCUUCGUGUGCGAGAAGUGCGUUCGGCUGUUCAGCAGCGCCGACGCGCUCGAACAACACAACAGCUAUCAUUUCCGUGUGCAGCACAUGAUUCGGUUCACUGUGCCAACGCCGAUCGAUCUCGAUGAGCUGUACUACAUGCAAACGGGUGUCGGCGACAUUUCCAACGAGAUUGAGGUCAUCGACAACGAGUACGACGAGCAAAAUGAGCAGCAGCUUCUGCUCGAUGAUGAGCCGAACCAUUCGCAUUUCGGCGAUUUCGUGAACCCGUCGGGUAAUUAA